AUGAGCAAAGCCACGGCGAGGCUCUCGAGGGCGCACAUCUUUGUCUCGGGCCGCGUUCAGGGCGUGUACUACAGAGACACCACCAAGGCCAAGGGUGAGAGGCUGGGCCUGACCGGCGUCGCGUAUAACCUCGCGGAUAAACGCGUGGAAAUCGUCGCGGAGGGGCCAAAGGCCGCAAUUGAGACACUCGUGGAAUGGUGCUGGAAGGGCCCAGAGGGGGCUCAUGAGGUGGGCUUCUCGAACAAGCUGACGCGCAAGCGGCACGUGAGCGGAGUGGAGGUGCGGUGGGAGCUCGAAGAAGAGCUGGGCGCAGCGCACCAGUAUGCGGGCUUCCUCAAUGGUGGGACUAAGAGCAGCUGA